AUGGCAUUAAACGUCUUGUACCAAGCAGUCCUAGUAAGAGGCUUCGGGAAUACGCCAAGUAGCAUUAGGACCAUCAUGGCUGAUACGAUAGUGGCGGACGAUGAUGAUAGGGGACUUUUCACAAACAAGUCCACUAUGAUGGCCAACUUUGAACAAUGGAUCAAAAUGGCUACCGACAAUAAAAUUAAUUCCAGGAACAGCUGGAACUUUGCACUUAUAGAUUACUUUCAUGACUUGAAUGUACUCAAAGAUGCAGAGGAUAACAUCAACUUCCAGAAAGCUUCUGCAACUCUAGACGGGUGUGUCAAGAUCUACUCCUCCAGAGUGGAUUCGGUCGCUAAUGAAACAGGCAUUUUGCUCAGUGGUCUCGCACAACGUAAAAACCAACAACAACAAGGCGACGAUGAGAGUGGUGCAGAGGGAGCUAAGACGAUAGAGAACGUUGUUGAAGGAGGAGUAACAAUAGAUCCCAGCACAGGCCUGCCAAUAUCCAAUGAAGUUGACACCACAAGCCGAAAACGAAAUUACAAUCGCGUGUUAGAGACUACGCUGGUAGAUUUUGAGACUCUUCGAAUGAGGGAGCUCGACCAAGAACUUAGCAUUGACCCUCUUUUCAAGAAAGCUUUGGCUGACUUUGACGAAGGUGGUGCCAAGAGCCUUUUACUCAACACUCUUCACAUUGAUAGUUCUGCUAGAGUUGUUUUUGAUGCAACAGCAAGUCACAGCCAAAGAAACUCUGGGAAACCUGAUUUAGUUGAGCAACACGAGACUUCGAAUAUAUCAGGAGAGAUGGAUGAAGAUUCUGUAGUGUCCGACUCUUCGCAUGAGGAAGCUGAAGGGUCAGUGCUGGGAGGAUCUGGGCCCGUAGAACAAGCAUCGAACUCGCAUGAUUCGAAUAUGAGUACCAAUCAUGGUUCUGAUCAUGAAACUAUAGAUGUGGAAGAUGAGAUCCUGGCGCUGGGCAUGGACUUCAUCGAUUUCAAGUUAAUAAAUGAAGCAGAAAUUUGCCCUUCGAUGAAAAGCUUGAAGGAUGUUGUUGAAGACAUCAACAAGGCCAAAUCUUUUAUUGACGAUGUCAAUAGCAAGUUUGAUAACUUCCUGACGGAGAAAGAUCUACAAAGCGCUAUUCCUGAUCCACAGGAGGACGAAGGCGCGAGUUAUGACCUCCAUGAUGACGGCAGCCUUGGCGCUGACGCUGGCCUUUACGAAGACGCUGGUGCUAUGGAGGACGACCAGAUAGAUGAUCCCGUCGGCGAUCAUUCAGGGGCCACUGAUGGCGAUAGAUCGACCGUUGACCCUAUAACGGCCGUUAUGGAUCGUGAUGUUAUGGCAUACUUUGAUGAGACCAUGAAGAAAAGUUGGAGGGGUCGCGAGCACUGGAAAGUCCGAAAUUUUAAGGACCGAUUCCUACCAAAAACAAACGAUAAUGCGACAAACGAUACCCAUGGCGAUGCGCAAGGCAGCGAAAAAGGAAGAGAUACCAACAAGCCCAAAAAGCCUCCUAAGCAGAAGUUCACGCUUGACUUCUUUAAUUUUAAUAACAUUGAAGAACAGAUAUUCGAUAACAAAAGGAAGGCAAAUAUAGAAAUGCCCCAAAAACUGCGAACAAAUCCCACCCGCUACUUGCUUCCUGAUGAUUAUCAGUUUUCGACACAGAAGGUUACAAGGCUUUUUAUUAAGCCGCAACAGCAUAUGAGCUUUUUCUCUCACAGAAAAUCGAAAGCCGACAACCAGCGGCCAGGCGGAAUUCUAAAGUUCGACGAAAUUGAUGCGCAUGAGGACAGUCAAGUUGCAGAGCUUGCUGACCAAAAUUUCUGGGCCCAAAACUACCAAAUGAGGGAACAAGAGAAGAACGUCAUGGAAGAAGAGAUAGACCGGCCAGAUAUGACCGCAGGUUUGCAAAAUCCGUUUGAUGAUGGCGAGGUCGAUUUUAACCAGGCUUUCGGAAGCGAGGCUCUCGACGAGUUCGACUCUGGCUCUAUAGAUCCGCCCCCGGGAGGCUCUGCUGGCUUAACACAGCCAUUUGGCAUGCCAGAGGGUAAAGUCACCUAUUCUCGAGUGUCAAAGAAAGUUGACGUCAAACGUUUGAAGGACAACAUCUGGAAGUCUAUAAGCACAACCCUCCAAGCCCAACAGAAGGAGAACAGUGAACAACAAGUGAAUGAAGAGGAUGCUGCGGGGCGGUCGACCCUCAAGUUUACUGACAUAGCUGAGAACAUCAGCACUAUGUACAAUGGCGAGAGAAAAAAGGACUUGUCCACGAGUUUCUGUUUCAUCUGCCUCCUCCACUUGGCUAAUGAACAUGGGUUUGAAAUAAAUCCAACUGAGGAUUUCACAGAUUUAGCGGUUGAAUUUCAGGCUGAGAAAGACAACACGUAG